ACAAAAAGAGGACACACACACACAAGACAGAGUGGUAUUCCAACGUCGAAAGCAGAAGCAGAGCAACAAACAUUUGCUUUUAAAUCAUACGCACUCUGAUUCUCUUCUUUUUCAACAAAAUCUCCUCUCUCUCUCUCCUUAUAUCCCUGUGUUUCAAGAUGUGAGAAAGCGUCUGCUUCUGUUGCCAAUUCGGAGGAACUUUCUUUACGAAGGUUUGUUUUAUUUUAAAUCUGAAGGUUUCCUUUGAAAUUUUUAUUUCUUUGCCCCAUUUUUGAAGGGAUUAUUUGUGCUUCCAAUUACCCCAAAAAAAAAAAAAAAAAAAGAGAAAGGAUUAUGUGUGCUUCCAAAAAUUUAUAUAAAAAGAUAAAUAAGGAUUUGGCAGAUGCUUCUAAACAUCUAGGAACUUUCGGUUUUGGAUAACUUUGACAGCUCUACCAAUAUUCCCACAAAUCCCAUCCACCCAUACGGAAGGCAGGCAGUUGUUGCUGUUGAUUGGUGAAGAAGUGAGUUAAUUAAUGGCUAGAGUUUGUUGGCCAUAUUUUGAUCCCGAGUAUGAGAACUUUAGCACCAGAAUCAAUCCUCCCAGAGUGUCUGUAGACAACUCUAGUUGCAAUGACUCUACUCUAAUCAAGGUUGACAGUGUAAACAAACCUGGAAUACUUCUGGAGGUGGUGCAAAUCUUGUCAGAUCUAGACUUCAUCAUAACAAAAGCUUAUAUUUCCUCAGAUGGCGGAUGGUUCAUGGAUGUUUUUCAUGUCACCGAUCAUCAAGGAAACAAAAUUACAGACAGCAAAACCAUUGACUACAUAGAGAAGGCAUUAGGACCAAAGGGACAAAUAACAGAGGGAUCAGUCAAAACAUGGCCAGGAAAACGGGUUGGCGUGCACUCUAUUGGUGAUCACACGGCCAUUGAGCUAAUUGGCCGAGACCGUCCGGGUCUCUUAUCUGAAGUCUCAGCUGUCCUUGCCAACCUCCACUUUAACGUAACUGCUGCUGAAGUUUGGACGCAUAACAGGAGGAUAGCUUGUGUUCUUUAUGUCAACGAUGACACCACAAGCAGGGCAGUGGACGAUCCAAAUAGAUUGUCUGUUAUGGAGGAGCAGCUGAAGAACAUCCUGCGCGGGUGUGAGGAUGAUGAGAAAGCUGGUUACACAAGUUUCUCCAUGGGGUUCACUCACAUUGAUCGUCGGCUCCAUCAAAUGUUGUUUGCUGAUAGGGAUUAUGAGGGCGGUGGACUAACGAAUGAGAUAGAGUAUCCUCCUUCAUUCAAACCGAAGAUCACGGUUGAGCGUUGCGAGGAGAAGGGGUAUUCAGCGAUCAGUGUCAGGUGCAAAGAUCGUGCAAAAUUGAUGUUUGACAUUGUGUGCACCCUCACAGAUAUGCAAUAUGUUGUAUUCCACGCAGCCAUCUCAUCAGAUGGCCCCUAUGCAUCACAGGAGUACUAUAUUCGUCACAUGGAUGGUUGCACCCUUGAUACUGAAGGAGAAAAGGAACGGGUCAUCAAAUGUCUUGAAGCUGCAAUUCGAAGAAGAGUGAGUGAGGGCCUGAGAUUGGAGCUGUGUGCAAAAGAUAGAGUAGGGUUGCUAUCAGAAGUGACAAGGAUUCUGAGAGAGAAUGGAUUGGCAGUUUCAAGAGCUGGCGUGUCAACAAUUGGGGAACAAGCAAUAAAUGUAUUCUUUGUGAGAGAUUCGUCAGGGAAUACGGUGGAUGCUAAGACAAUUGAAGCACUUCGUAAAGAAAUUGGGCACACAAUGAUGAUCAAUGUGAAGAAAAUCCCAACUACUGCCAAAGAACCUGAAGCUAGUGGGUGGGCCAAAACUAACUUCUUUUUUGGCAACUUAUUGGAGAAAUUCUUGGCUUGAAAGAACUAAUGCAUGUAUGACUGUAACAGAGAGAUCAUAAUAUUUUAUAAGUGUACAGAAUAAUAAAUCUGUUCAGCAUCUUAUUCUCUGGACAGAUCAAAGCUUGUCUAACUGCACACUUAAUGUAAAACAUGUAUGCCUUUCUAACUUCUUUUGCUUGGA